AUGGCCGCCGCUGCCCAACCCCGGCCGUACAGGCGGAUCCUCACCUCGGCUCUGCACCGGCGGUUUGUUCAUGCGUCUGCGCUCUCAUUACUAGUCUGCUAUGCCGUCUCAAUAGCAAUUGGCGACAAGUCCUCGUUUUUCUGGACAUGGUUUCCUAUCGGCCUAUGCGGACUACGCGCUGUCAUGAUCUUUCUUUCAGUCCUUCUCAUAUUCGUUCUUCGUGUCAGUCAGAUGCACUUGGGUCCAAGAACAACACCGUCCUCGCUCAGCACCUUCAGAUACCUAUUUCCGCUCCAGGUUGCCCACACAUUCUGUUGCUAUUUCUUCUCCGCUUGGUGGUUUACUGAGCUCUAUCUCUGGUCGUCCUCGAAGGAGGCCCAGUUGGACAUCGUGAAAUGGGGCAGAUCACACGAGAGACCCCUUCUCAACGAACGACCGAUUUACAUUCAUACCUAUCACCUCCUACUGGCCUGUGCCCAGGCUACGGCCCACCUGUACUAUGACUACGAUCAGAUCCCCGUCCCUGUCGCGCUACGAGCCACCAAGUCCCCAGAUCAGCGCACACACCAGGUCCUGCCAACCUCUAAAUACAUUAAGAGUGCCCUUCCGCAGCGGAUCAAGUGUGGUCUGAUGAUGAGUGUGAUCGUUGCAGGAGGCACUCCCUUCCUGUACCUUAUAUUCUUGCGACAGAGUGCUUGGGGUUUGUCCAUGUACUUUGCCAAGCUCUUUUGGAGCUUUUCACGCUCUGCGGCCAAGCCUGACAGCUUCUUCCCGCCAUCUUUUGGGUCUUUGAUCAUCCGGUCUCUCAUCUCAGGCUCUUUGCUUGUUAUCAGCUGGCAGUCGGCCAAUCUUUUCUUUUCCAUUUUCCUUGGCAAGGAACCUCUGAAGCGUGGACAGCCCCUCACUGCAGAUGCAAAGGACCCGAAUGCUAGCUUGCUUUCUGGUCUGAAGGCUAAGAAGCACAUUGUCAAGGCCUUUGCUCUCUGGGAACUUGGUCUUAUUAGCCAGCGUCAGCCUGAUCGCCGGAAGGCAAUCUUCAAUGAGAUUGACGGAGAUAACGGUUCCACUUGGAGCCAAAUUCUCAACUGCGCGAAAGAAGAAAUUCAGGGCAUCACUAAAAGGAUCGAGGCCAGCAAGGCUCCCAAGCCUGGUGUUAAACCUGCUGGACAGCCGAAUGGCGCUAAGCCUGAACUACUCACUUUGCCCAGGUUGACGGAUGCACCUAAGGAUCAAAACAUCUUUACAAUAGCCCCGAAGGCGACCUCUCGCCACGAGAAGUUCGGUGAGGCUUUUGGCUCAACUGCCAAAGCAUAUGGGCAGUCACCAGACUGGACACCCAAGGCACGGGCUCGCGCUCGAGAGGUCUUUGACAGGGCUUCCACCGCAAUGCUCAGUCCAGAGCGAAAGCAAAAACUACUAGCUUCUACCCAGGAGUUGAAGCGUCUUACCGGUGGGCCAUCCACAACCUAUAAGCCUGAGGAUGUGCACCCCAUCCUUGUUCAAGUCCUUCAAUGGUGCCGGCCCCUGCGACAAACAUAUGCCCAGCGAGCAUCGAGCGUCGUCUUCGGCACUCCCGAAUCCUCCCUCAGCUCAAUUGUGGACGCCGUUGAUUCCCUGACGCGUAUGCUUAUUGCCAGUCUUGAUGAAGAUCAGUACGGCAAAGUUCAAGCUGAUGUGCCUUCAGUGGUUAAUCUAUUUACCCAGACUAUCAUUUCUCUUGAUGCGUUUGUGCACCAGGGUGGUCUUGAUGCCCACUGGACAGACGUCUACUUCCCACCCUCUAGCCAGCCCCAGGCACAAGCAGAAGCACGGAGAGUUCCGGAAGUUGAGUUGGUGCUUGGUACCUUGCAGAGCGGCCUGCUUGACCUUUUGGAAGCCUUUAAGCCUUACCUGCGGGACAUUGGUCUCACUGGUAAAGACCUUCGCUUGGCGAAGGAGGCAGCUGGUUACGAAGAGGAGCAAUCGGCUCCAUGA